GGGCAAAACCUCUAUCAUUUCAAUUUCAUUUCCUUGCUAGUGCUAGCUAGCUAGAGGCAAGUUAUAACGAACGUGAGACCCCUCAGACUUACGACGCAGCACAACCCACUCGAGAGGAAUGAGCCAGGCGACGCAACAAUUGGGUGCUGACCCCACGGCACUGAGAGAACAACUCUUUGACUUCUGGACCAGGAAAGAGCUAGAGCCGCUGCGAGCUGUAGCCUUCAAGGGCUUUUCAAAAUUCCAGACACCCCUAGAGGACCUGCUGUGUGUCCUGGAGGGCUGUCCAGGCAGGCAGAAGGGGAAGGCCACCACCAUGGGCCACAGCAUCCUCAUGGAGUUUGAGCGCUGGAGACGCACACAUCCCAAGGUGACCCUCCAGGCCGUCCCAGAGGUCUCUAAAUUGGGAUUGCAGCGUCGUGCUCUCAGCCUUCUCACGGACGCCCAGCCCAGCUUCAUGGAUCCUCUCAUAGACAUCUACCAGCUGGGGAAUCUGGACCGGAGCAUCCUGAGGCUGCAUAUCAUCAAACUGCAGGCUGUCAACUGUUACAGGGAGGCUGCGUUGUUAAGCAUGAAACUGGAGCUUCAGAAUGAAGUGGAUAUGGAGGAGAUGUGUGUCCCUCUGAUUCUACAGGACAAGCUUCCUAUGGCCGAGUCGUUUGUAAGGGGCCAUCCUAGACUGGAGGAACGUAUGGUCACACUGCUGGACUCCUGGUGCCAUCCUGACUUCAGCAUAGCACAACUACGCAGGCAGUUUCCCCGCUUGUCCCUCUCCAAACAUCAAACUGAUCAAAUCCAGCCCAAGAUGCUCAGCAAACAAGUGUUCAGACUGAUGGAGAAAUUCAACAUUGACCCAGGCCUGUGUCCCAACUCUGUGUACAAGCGUAAAUCAGACUCCAUGCGUUUCCUCAUGUAUAAAAGGUUUGUAGAGAAAGGCAUGUCAGAGGAGAACUGGAGGGACCAUGUACAGUCGACAGUGGCAGACGACCCAGAGCUGCAAAUCCAGUUGGUUGAGUUGAUGGUUAAGUAUGGUGGGAUGGUCAACGCUGCCCAGUGGUCACUACACUACGGUCUCCCCAAAGAUCGUCUGCCGUUUGGGGUGUGGGACACACAGGAGAGCCUACCACCCUCGCUGAGGGAGGUAUCUAAAGGCUGCAAUGCUGAGUUGUGGGACCCGUCCCAGGCACACCGUGAUAGGUUCUACCAGCUGCCAAUCACCAGGGACCAUGUCCACUUCCUGGAGACCGUGGAGGGGCUACAGCGCUGCAGAGACACAGUGCUACAGCCUGGUUGUAUAGUAGGGGUGGAUAUGGAGUGGAGGGCAGGGUUCGGUGCAGUGUCUCCCCAGCAGAGGGUAGCUUUGAUCCAGCUAGCAGUGCCAGGCCAGGUGUUCCUGUUGGACCUGUGUGCCCAUGGAUUCUCUCAACAUAACAUCACUGUCACCUUCAUCAGGAGCCUCUUCUCUGCUACCACGGUCCUCAAGCUGGGUUAUGGGAUGGCAGGGGACCUGAAGUGUCUUCUGGCCACAUGGGCCCAGUUCUCUGAGGAACCUCUGAAGAUGGAAGGAGUGUUAGAUCUACUGAACGUGCACCAACAGAUGCAGCGUAGCGCCAGCAGUCGCGGGGGACCGCGUGGUGUGCUGGUUGGGGAGGGCCCAGCAGAGAAGGGUCUCAGUCUCCUGGUCCAGCAGGUCCUGGGGAAACCCCUAGAUAAGAUGGAACAGCUGUCUAACUGGGAGAGACGACCACUGAGGACGAGUCAGCUACGCUACGCCGCUGUCGAUGCAUACUGCUUACUGGACGUCUACUCGGCCCUCUCUCGUGACCCAGCAAGCUUUGGGCUGCCACAGGACUUGUGCUCAAUCUCCUCACUUCAGACGGAGAAGAGUAAAGAGGAGAAGAAGCGGAAAGAGGAGAAGAAGAAGCAGGCCCGGCGCCGAGGGGCACACCAGGAGUCAGACCCAGCUCCAACCCCAACCCUAGGCCCAGAGAAAAGCCCCCAGCUUGGGGAGGACAGUCAGAGUCCACAGCCCCCACGCAUGGCUCCUCAACAACUGCGUGUGGUGUGUGACAACAUGCUACAGGGUCUGGGGCGCUACCUGCGCUGUCUGGGGGUCGACGUGGUACUGCUGGAGAAUACGGAUGACCAUAGGGUGGCUGCACAGUUAGCCCGAGAAGAUGGACGAGUCAUACUCACCUGUGGUCAGCCGUACCAGACGCUGAAGUCCCAGGUGGGAGAGGGUCGCUGCAUUGCGCUGGACUGCUCAGAGAAAGCCCGGGACCAGGCAGUACGAGUCCUGAAACACUUCAACGUCCAGCCAACCCAGUCGGACAUAUUCAGCCGCUGUCAGGAGGCGACUGCUGGGAACCGACAAGACAGACAGACAGACAGACAGACGGACGGACGGAGCAGAGAGAGGGGUCAGCCACAGAGAGGAGGAGGAGGAGGGCAGAGAGGAGGCGUAGGGAGACUGAGGAGGAUGGGGGAGGAGGAUGGGAGAAACUGAGUACAAUGGAUGUAAAGCAGAGGAAGGUGAAAAUAUGCAGAAAGAGGAUAAACGAGAUUGAUAGAGAGAAAGUGAAAUAUGCGGACUGAGAGGAAAAAAGAGAUUUGUAAGAGAGGGCCCGAGAGAGGAUGAAAUGGGAAAGGUAGAGGGGGUAGAAAAUACCAGAAAAUGAUGUUCAGACAUGAUUCAUUAAUAGCAUAAUCCCUUCAAGUCGUCUGUUAAUUAUUUUAUUUCAAAUCAAAUAAAUCAUAUCAAAUUUUAUUUGUCACAUACACAUGGUUAGCAGAUGUUAAUGCGAGUGUAGCGAAAUGCUUGUGCUUCUAGUUCCGACAAUGCAGUAAUAACCAACGAGUAAUCUAACAAUUCCAAAACUACUACCUUAUACACACAAGUGUAAAGGGAUAUUUGUACUCUCAUAACUACAGAAGUCCAUCUCUUCAUGUUCUAUUGGGCCAGACCUAUAAUGUUUUCAUGUUUUCUACUUUUAAGUGUGGGAAAAUAAGAUAUGCUUCUUAUUACAGUGCCGCCGGAAAAAUAUUUUGACCCCUUGACUUUUUCCACAUUUUGGUCUUGUUACAGCCUUAUUCUAAAAUGGAUUAAAUUGUUUUGUUUUUCUCCCUCAAUCUACUCACAAUACCCCAUAAUGGCAAAGCAAAAACAGGUUUUUAGAAAUGUUUGCAAAUGUGUAAAAACUCAACAACCAGCCAGUCAGAUCUACAGGACAUAUUUUAGACCAGACCUGGGUGUUCUGUCCUCCUAGGUAUUGUCUCCUUCCCAAAUGUGUCCUUGUCUUUAUCCUCCCGUAACGUCGUAACUCGUGACUGACUGACUGACUACUGGACAAGUAUCUCCCUCCUCAAUGCCUCCAGCCACCAUUUGUCCAAGGCAGUUUGCCUCAAAUGGUUCUGUCUCUGACCACACUGCUUUUUCUAACCCAUACAGUAUCUGUGGAAGCGAAAGGACCUUAGUUUAGUUUAAGAGUUGGUUUGUGGUCUGAAAUAUGUUAGAUUGCUGCUGAAGACUCAUGAAAAGCUGCUACACAAAACCACUGUCUUAAAUUAAGCCAAGUGAGCAGCUUUCUUGUUCUGAUCAAAAUAUACAAUAGACUGAAAUAAAUACACCCUUAAACUCCAGUUUGUUGUGUAACGUAGGCCAUUGACAAAGCACUUCUAUAUAGUCAGUGGUGAAAC